CCAAUGGCAUUUAGCCUGAAGCUCACAGUUACAGCAUACACUGGGCUGCCUUCAGCACAGCGGACAGAAGAUAGAAAUAUCGUGAACGAAACUUCACAUUUCGGAAUUUUGGUUGGCAAUACAAAGACCAGAGGGCGGAUAACGUACACUUAAUUAUCUCUUAAUAUUCUUUAUCGGCGGUCUGCCACAAAAAGCCCUCCAAGAAAGAAAGGGUUUGAAGAAAAAAAAAAAAAGCAAGUGACGUCGUUGUAAAAGGAGACUUGGCUGAAAUCCUUUAGACAACAAAGAAAAAGCUUCUGUGAAAUAAAGGAGUAAUCCUUACUUAUUCUUUUUAGUUAUGAGUCAUGUGGUCGUCGACGGUUCACACGGUCUAGAGCAGCAGCUUGCUGUCUUAGACUUGAACUUAGCUGAUGGACAGGGUGCAGGCUCUGGUCACCGUUACAUUCCUCCUCAUUUGAGAAACAAAGACGCAUCAAAAAAUGCAGGAAAUGCUUAUUUCUCUGGUAGACAGAGUGGUUAUUCAGUGGCACCAUUACAGAGCUAUUCUCCUGGAUGGGAUGGUGGUCAUAGCAAUGGUUUUGUUAAUGGGUACCAUGACGGUCGUAUGAAUGGUACUGCAAACUUUAGUCGUGGACUUGCUCGCAAUGACAGAGGAGGACGUGGUGGCUUUCGUGGGAACAGGAACGGUGGUUCCUUCAACCAGCCAAUGCACAAUGCAGGUUAUGGCACUUACGAGAACAAAGAUGGAGGCUGGAAUUCUGUGGUGAGCAGAGAUACCUACACCAGCUUCGGAGGGCGUUCUGACAGAGGCAAGUCUGCGUUCUUUAAUGACAGAGGAGCUGCAUCAAGAGGAAGGUAUGAGCGUGGAGGCUUUGGAGGAGGAACAGUAGGGAACAGUCGUUGGGUUGAAGAUUCCAGAGAUGAAGAUGACUGGUCAAAGCCAAUGCCCCCCAAUGAGCGACUAGAACAUGAGCUGUUUGCUGGGAGCAACACAGGGAUUAACUUUGAGAAGUAUGAUGACAUUCCUGUGGAAGCCACUGGGACAAAUUGCCCUGGGCAUAUUGAGAGUUUUCAUGAUGUGGACAUGGGAGAGAUCAUUAUGGGCAACAUCGCCUUGACCCGCUACACGCGUCCUACUCCUGUUCAGAAGCAUGCAAUCCCCAUCAUCAAGGCUAAGAGGGACCUGAUGGCCUGUGCUCAGACAGGCUCAGGGAAAACUGCAGCCUUCCUGCUUCCUGUGCUGAGUGAGAUCUACACUGAUGGGCCUGGAGAGGCACUGCAGGCCACCAAAGCCAGCACCCAGCAGGAGAAUGGAAAAUACGCCCGCCGUAAACAGUAUCCCAUCUCUUUGGUCCUGGCUCCAACCAGAGAGCUUGCUCUUCAGAUCUAUGACGAGGCCAGGAAGUUUUCUUACCGCUCCAGAGUGCGUCCAUGUGUAGUUUAUGGAGGCGCAGACAUAGGUCAGCAGAUUCGUGACUUGGAAAGAGGCUGUCACCUGCUUGUGGCCACACCAGGCCGUCUGGUAGACAUGAUGGAGCGGGGCAAGAUUGGCCUGGACUACUGCAAAUAUCUGGUGCUGGACGAGGCAGACAGAAUGCUUGAUAUGGGUUUUGAACCCCAGAUCAGACGCAUCGUGGAGCAGGACACCAUGCCUCCGAAAGGUUCUCGCCAGACCAUGAUGUUCAGUGCCACCUUUCCAAAGGAGAUCCAGAUUCUGGCUCGUGACUUUCUGGAGGAGUACAUCUUCCUGGCUGUAGGGCGUGUGGGCUCCACCUCAGAGAAUAUUACACAAAAGGUGGUUUGGGUGGAAGAGAAUGACAAGCGCUCCUUUCUCCUUGAUCUGCUAAAUGCUACAGGAAAGGAUUCUCUCACACUGGUGUUUGUGGAAACUAAGAAGGGUGCAGAUGCUCUGGAGGACUUCCUCUACCGGGAGGGCUAUGCUUGCACCAGUAUCCAUGGCGACCGCUCUCAGCGCGAUCGCGAGGAAGCACUACACCAGUUCCGUUCUGGCCGUUGCCCUAUCAUGGUUGCCACUGCUGUGGCUGCACGUGGACUUGACAUUUCCAAUGUGAAACAUGUGAUCAAUUUUGACUUGCCUAGUGACAUUGAGGAAUAUGUCCACCGCAUUGGCCGUACAGGCCGUGUGGGAAACCUUGGUUUGGCCACCUCCUUUUUCAAUGAUAAAAACAGCAACAUCACUAAAGAUUUGCUGGACAUACUCGUGGAGGCCAAACAGGAGGUUCCUUCCUGGCUUGAGAACCUAGCCUAUGAGCACCAGCACAAGAACACCACCCGUGGACGCCCCAAGAGGUUCUCUGGUGGCUUUGGGGCCAGAGAUUACCGGCAGAUGGCUGGGGGUGGGAACACCUUUAGCAACCGCGGUGCUCGCAACACUGGUGUUCAUGGAGGUACCCGAGGUUUUGGAGGCAAUAAGGGUGGUUUUGGGAGUUUCGGUAGUGACAGCUACGGGAGCAACUAUGGAAACUAUGGAGGAAACUACGCCCAGGUUGACUGGUGGGGCAACUAAAUAGUUUGCAGAGGGUCCUCAUGCCAAACUAGCUGAAUGGAAACCACAUGUUAUCAUAGCCAGACUCUACCCUUUGUGAAGCUUUAUGAACUCGGUACAUUACACGCUCUGAUUUUCUGCCGACAUUCUAAAGGGAGCUGAUACAGAGGAAGAUCUGCAGUAAAACUAAAGCAGGCAGACAUGGAUGCCCUCUUGUGCAUUUGAUAUAGAAUAUUACAACACCUAGAUUUUCAACUUUUUCUUUUGUUUAAAAAAAAAAAAAAAAGAGGAUCAUUUGUAUGUGAAUGUACUGUGCCUUUUUGAAUAUAGACAGGAAUUUAGUUUCAUUAAUUUCAUUGAGUGAACUUGGCCAAGAGCUUAAUUUGUUUUUUGCUGUGAAGGCGUUUGAAAGCUUGUACUUAAUCAAACCUUGGCAAACACUCGGAUAAUGUGGCUCAAAUGCGUUGCUGUUCCAUUUGAACUUCAAAUUAUCACCGAUAUCAUGAAGCCAACAAUACAAGCCACAGAACUAAAACACCAUCACAGAAGCUUUGCAGUUUAAACUGCUCUGUGAAGCAACUGUCACAAGGGACAAAUAGGUCUGACUUAUUUUUGUUUCGCUCACUCUAUCCUGGAUAGGCACCUAUUUAGGGACAUGGUUGUCUUGAAAAAGGCCAUUCCUGUUGUGAUUUAUUCAUGACAAAAUAUUGGAAAACACUCGGUGUUUGAAAAUUCAAAAUGCUGGAACUUACACCACUUGUUUUAAUUGACUUGACAGUGUUAUGGCAGCUAGUAAGAACCACAUGCUAGUCACUGUAAGUGGGCAGCAUUUUUUGUUCCUUUUUUUUAUUUUUUUUACUUGAAACGUUUUAGAGAAGCAGAUGUGAUUUAAAAAAAAAUGACAAGUUUUUUUUGAUAAAAUGUUUCUUUAUAAAUGUCAGAAAACAAAAAAUGCCUGCCAACCUGAAAGUGAAGUUCAAACAGCUACUAACGGACCACAGAACCAAAGCGGCCGUGCCUUUCGAACAUGACCGCUUUGGUCAAAUACGCAUGCUAGUGUUUUGUUUUUUGGUCAAGAAGAGAAGACAAAUGAAUUGUCACAGGCUUUGUUUCAAUACAAACGUCCUCUUUUCACGCUGCGUGGCAGGCAUGGCUCCCUUUUUCAGAGGUGGAGGCAGCGUGAGCAUUCAUUUUGAGGCAUUGGCAGAUCUGACCCUGGAAUUUGUUGGGUUGGGCCUGACGUGAGUGCAGUUAGACAGGCAACCAUUUUAGCUUGUGUUGGGCCAAACACCAGGUGUUCUCCUAGUGGUACACAAAUGCUGUCAGCUCCUGAAGUUCAUCAGAUUAGAUGUGAACUAUACUGCUGGCCAAGGAGCCAGUUUUCUGCUUUUCUUAAAAGGAAGUAUUUGAAUAGAGGAGAAAUAAGGCAUUUAACGUAAGUGCAAUAGAUUUUCUUAAGUGAGUUGUGCCUUGAAUUCUUUUUCUUUUUUUUUUUUUUCUUUUUUAUUAUUGAUGAAUUCAAUCAGAUGCACUGACAGUAUUGAGAACUUCAAGUUGAAUGGUGCUACUUAAGUUAGGUCUUGGCCCAUGUAUGUUGUGCCCAUCACGUUUUUACAACGUUCUUUUAUUGCACAUUUAGAGUUUUAUAUCUUGAGUGCAUGUGCUCAAGCUUCCAAAUCUUGUGUAAGGACAUAUGAUAAAUGCAGCUUGUUUACAAAAGGUGAAGAGUUCUCAAUAUUUACCAGGAUUUAUUUGGGACCAGGGCGAUCAGCAGUGGGGAAUUUAGCUAUUUGCACACAGAUUUCUAGAUUCUACUUUUGCUGCUAGUUUUGUGUAAUUUAUUAAGCAUUUUUUGAGAAAUAUUUAUUUUUAUAAGCCUCAAAGUGAUUCUUUGAAAGUUUCAAGAAACUUGACCAAAAGACAAUAUCUAAACACUGGCACUUGAAUGUUGAAUGUCACCUGUAUGCGUGAAAUUUCUAUAUUUCGGGGUAGUGUGAGCUUUUUAAUGUUUCAGACAUGUUGGACUCAGUCAGUAUCCUCAGCUGUUAAAGGUCAAACGGCCGCACAUCGCUAUGGAAUUACCAAUUGGCUUUCAAAAUUCGAAAUGGGGGAAAAACAUGCCAAGGUUUGGAAUAAAAUGUCAUUUAAAAAAACAAACCAUUUUCGUAAGUAUCUGUGCAAAAAGUGUCCAGAUUCUACAAAUGUUUUUUUUUUUUUUUUUUUUUUUUCUGUCUUUCAGAUUGGCAUUUGUUCUGUUGAAGUUUUUUUUAUAAUUAUUAUUUUUAGUCAAUGUCUGGCACAUGGCAAUCUUAAACAUGUGGUUAAUAUCUAUUGUAUUUGCAUAAUGCCAACUCUGGGAUUCGUGCUCUCAGGAGAAGCUGCAAGUGUCUACGCUAGCAAUAAAUUUAACUGUAUUUGAAACACUGAAAUCAUACUCCCUGCCCUCCAUUCAAACUGAAAGAGGUAAUUAGCUUGCUCCCUGAGAGGACACCAGAGCUCUUUAGAUUUAGAAUUUGCUUUAUGUUGCAGCUUAGAAGCAAGGCACUGCAUGAGAAGACUCGGAUGUGCGUUAAUUGUAUGAUUUUACCAAAAUAAAUGUUUCUGAUGCAAA